AUGACUACACCGGCGCGUAGACGCCUCAUGCGUGAUUUCAAACGUAUGCAAACAGAUCCACCAGCAGGUGUCUCAGCGUCUCCUAUCGCCGACAAUGUCAUGACCUGGAAUGCUGUGAUUAUAGGACCUGCAGACACACCUUUCGAAGAUGGAACGUUCCGUCUAGUCAUGCAUUUUGAAGAGCAGUAUCCCAAUAAACCACCAGGAGUCAAGUUCAUCAGCCAAAUGUUUCACCCAAAUGUCUAUGGGACGGGAGAGUUGUGCUUGGAUAUCUUGCAGAACAGGUGGAGUCCUACGUAUGACGUGGCUGCGAUUUUGACAAGCAUUCAAAGUCUACUCAACGAUCCCAAUACUUCAUCUCCUGCCAACGUCGAAGCAUCGAACCUCUACAAAGAUAACCGCCGAGAGUACACGAAAAGGGUUCGGGAAACAGUGGAGAAGAGCUGGGACGAUUAG